UAUCCUCUUAUUCUAAUGUUACGACUGCUGCUGCUAAUGCCAGUAGUGGCAGCGCUAGCUCAAAUGUUUCAUCUUCAAUUUCCCCCAUCAUCAACGUCAUUAAUGGCACUAGUCAUGGCGCUCAUCCGACCAACGCCGCCAACACAUAUCCUGAAAAUGCCACAACUAGCAGUAGUAGAGGUAGUAGUAGCAGCACUACUACAACCACAACUAAGGAUACAAUGAUUGUUGUUGGUGGUGGCAGUGGCAGUGGUAGUGGUAGCUGUGAUGGUAAUGGUGUUGGUGGUGCUGAUACUGAUACUGGUACUGGUAAUUGUGCAUUCGUUAGUGAUUUAUUAAAGCGCAUUAAGCGUUUGGCUCAACCGCGCAUUUUACGUGUUAAGUCGUCGCAUGCUGGUGCCACCACGGGUUCAGGACACAAUAACAAUAGACGCAAGGACUUUCGCUUUGCCUCGGCCCCUGUCAUGGAAGUACCACCACAAAAUGUAACCGCUUUGGAUGGUAAAGAUGCAACUAUUUCCUGCCGUGCUGUUGGUGCUCCCAAUCCAAACAUCACUUGGAUUUACAAUGAAACCCACCUAGUUGAAAUUUCAAGCCGCAUCCAAAUUUUGGAAUCUGGAGAUUUAUUAAUUUCAAAUGUACGCGAAUCCGAUGCUGGUCUUUAUACCUGUGUACGCUCGAAUGAGGCCGGCACCGUGAAUGGUGAGGCCUAUUUAGGUGUUUUGGUUCGCACACAAAUCAUUCAGCCACCGGUUGACACCACAGUUCUAUUGGGCCUCACCGCAUCGUUGCAGUGCAAAGUCUCCAGUGAUCCAACGGUGCCCUACAAUAUCGAUUGGUAUCGUGAAGGUCAUCCAACGCCCAUUAGCAAUUCGCAGCGCAUUGGUGUACAGUCCGAUGGUACAUUGGAAAUACAAGCGGUACGAGCCUCCGAUGUGGGCACCUAUGCCUGUGUUGUUACCUCGCCGGGUGGCAAUGAAACACGGUCAGCCCAUUUGAGUGUCAUCGAACUACCAUUUCCACCGUCCAAUGUGAAGGCAACACGUUUGGAGGGUGCCAACCAACGUGCCAUAAAUGUAUCCUGGACACCGGGCUUCGAUGGCAAUAGUCCAAUAUCGAAGUUUAUUAUACAAAGGCGUGAAGUGUCGGAAUUGGGUCCCGUACCAGAUCCCUUCCUCAAUUGGAUAACCGAGCUAAGUAAUGUUUCGGCCGAAAAUCGUUGGAUUUUAUUGGAGAGUUUAAAGGCGGCCACAGUCUAUCAAUUUCGCGUAAGUGCCGUUAAUCAAGUUGGUGAGGGUUCUCCCUCAGAACCCAGUAAUGUUGUGGAGUUGCCGCAGGAAGCACCCUCUGGUCCACCGGUAGGAUUUGUCGGUUCAGCCCGAUCACAAUCGGAAAUUAUAACACAAUGGCAACCACCAUUGGAGGAACAUCGAAAUGGACAAAUUCUCGGUUACAUUAUACGAUAUCGUCUAUAUGGCUACAACAAUGUACCCUGGAUGUAUCAGAAUAUCACAAAUGAGGCCCAACGAAACUAUCUGAUACAAGAGCUAAUAACAUGGAAGGAUUAUAUAGUACAAAUUGCUGCCUACAACAAUAUGGGCGUUGGUGUCUAUACGGAAGGUGCUAAAAUCAAAACCAAAGAAGGUGUACCCGAAGCCCCUCCCACCAAUGUUAAGGUACAGGCCAUAAAUUCCACUGCCGUUAAGGUGACAUGGACACCACCAAAUCCCCAGCAAAUAAAUGGCAUAAAUCAAGGCUAUAAAAUCCAAGCCUGGCGUACGCAACUAAUUGAUGGCGAAGAACGUGAAGUGGAGGAGAAAAUGAUGACGGUGCCACCCAGUUUAUUAGAUCCCUUGGCCGAACAAUCGGCCACACUGGCGGGUUUGGAGAAGUUCCAUGACUACAAUAUUACCGUAUUGUGUUUCACCGAUCCCGGUGAUGGUGUGCGUAGCUUCCGCAUACCGGUUAAAACCAAAGAAGAUGUACCCGAUGAAAUAACUGCCUUGCAUUUUGAUGAUGUCUCUGAUCGUUCGGUUACGGUGCUUUGGGCUCCGCCCAAAAAUAUAAAUGGCAUUUUGACCGGCUACACAGUGCGUCACCAAGUCAAAGAUCGCCCGGAAACAAUGAGAUCCGUCAAUUUAACAGCCGAAGAUACUCAGUUGGUGGUUAAUCAGCUACAGGCCACCACACAUUAUUGGUUCGAAAUUCGGGCAUGGACCCGGGUAGGUGGUGGUCCACCCAAAACUGCAACCAUACAAUCAGGGGUUGAACCAGUACUGCCACAUCCUCCCACAAAUUUGGCCCUGUCAAACAUCGAGGCAUUUUCGGUCGUUUUACAAUUCACUCCUGGCUUUGAUGGCAAUUCCUCAAUUACCAAAUGGAAAGUGGAAGCUCAAACUGCCCGCAAUCUAACCUGGUUUACGGUAUGUGAAAUAUCCGAUCCAGAUGCUGAGACACUAACCGUAACCGGUCUAACACCAUUCACCCAAUAUCGUUUGCGUCUAAGUGCCACAAAUGUGGUGGGAACAUCUAAAGCUUCCGAGCCUACCAAGGAUUUCCAGACCAUACAAGCUCGACCGAUGCAUCCACCAUUCAAUGUUACCGUUCGUGCAAUGUCAGCUACUCAAUUGCGGGUACGUUGGAUUCCCCUACAGCAAACGGAAUGGUAUGGUAAUCCUCGGGGCUACAACAUAACAUACAGGCAGGUGGAAAGUGAAAAUCGCGUUACUCCAAAAAGCGUACUCAUAGAAGAUCAUACGGCCAACUCACAUGUCCUUGAAAAUCUCGAGGAAUGGACGGUAUAUGAGGUUUCCAUGACGGCCUGCAAUGAUGUGGGGCAAUCGCGGGAAAGCGUUAUUGCGGUGGAAAGGACUAGGGAGGCCGUACCCUCCUAUGGCCCUCUGGAUGUACAAGCGAAUGCCACAUCGUCUACCACGAUUGUCGUCAAAUGGGGCGAGGUGCCCAAGCAGCAUCGCAAUGGACAAAUUGAUGGUUACAAAGUCUUUUAUGCUGCCACAAAUCGUGGAGGUCAGGUGCUGCACAAAACCAUACCAAAUAACAGUUCGUUUACCACCACCCUAACGGAACUUAAAAAAUUCGUGAUCUAUCACAUCCAGGUAUUGGCAUUUACUCGCCUUGGCGAUGGUGCAUUGAGUACACCACCUGUAAGAGUACAAACAUUUGAAGACACCCCAGGUGCACCCUCAAAUGUCAGCUUCCCGGAUGUAUCGUUCUCCACAGCUCGCAUUAUUUGGGAUGUUCCUGAAGAUCCAAAUGGUGAAAUUUUGGCUUACCAAGUGACAUAUUCCCUGAACGGAACGUCCAGCUUGAACUAUAGUCGUGAAUUUUCACCAUCCGACCGUACAUUCCGUGCUACCCAACUCUUGGCGGAACGUUAUUACAUAUUCAGUGUUACCGCCCAGACUCGCUUGGGUUGGGGCAAGACAGCAUCCGUAUUGGUUUACACAACCAAUAAUCGUGAUCGUCCUCAGCCACCUUCAAUGCCUCAAAUAUCCCGAAGUCAAAUACAGGCCCAUCAAAUUACCUUCAAUUGGACGCCAGGAAGGGAUGGAUUUGCCCCGCUGAGGUAUUACACCGUGCAAAUGCGUGAAAAUGAAGGUCCCUGGACAUUGCUGCCAGAAAGAGUUGAUCCCUCACUGACCUCUUAUACAGCUACGAACUUAAAACCGCAUACAACUUAUCAAUUCCGAAUUCAAGCUACCAAUGAUUUGGGACCAUCAGCCUUUAGUAGGGAGAGUAUAAUUGUAAGAACAUUGCCGGCAGCUCCAUCGGUUUCGGUGACCAAUCUUAAAGUCGUGCCAAUUACAACAACUUCGGUCAGAGUGAAAUGGAAUGCCUUGGAAACAUCCAUGUGGAAUGGUGAUGCCACAACGGGAGGCUAUCGCAUAUUGUAUCAACAACUUUCCGAUUUCCCCACAGCCUUACAAGCCACACCCAAAACCGAUGUUAUGGGUAUUAACAUUGAUUCGGUGGUGUUAUCGGAUCUACAACAAGAUCGCAACUAUGAGAUUGUGGUAUUACCAUUCAAUUCCCAGGGACCGGGUCCAGCAACCCCACCUGUAGCAGUUUACGUGGGAGAGGCUGUUCCAACGGGAGAACCUAGAGCUGUUGAUGCCGCACCCAUAUCUAGCACCGAGGUACGUUUGCGCUGGAAGCCACCAAAGCAAAGUAUGCAAAACGGAGAUCUGUUGGGUUAUAAAAUAUUCUAUUUGGUAACCGAUUCACCGCAAGAACUUGAGGAUGGUAAAACAUGGGAAGAAGAAAUUGAAGUAGUAUCCGCCACGGCCACAUCUCAUAGUUUGGUCUUUUUGGAUAAAUUCACUGAAUAUCGGAUACAAAUAUUGGCAUUUAACCCCGCCGGAGAUGGACCCCGAUCAGCACCAAUAACCGUGAAAACACUACAAGGCCUGCCAAGUGCACCACAAAAUCUACGUUUCGAAGAUAUAACAAUGCAAUCGCUUAAGGUGUCCUGGGAUCCGCCAAAGUUCAAAAACGGUGAAAUAUUGGGGUAUUUAGUGACCUAUGAGACCACCGAAGAAAAUGAAAAAUUCAGCAAACAAGUCAAACAAAAAGUGUCGGGUACCAGUUUGUUGGUACAAAAUCUGGAAGAGGAAGUAACCUACACCUUCACCGUCAGGGCUCAGACAAUAGAUUAUGGUCCUGCAGUUAGUGAAAAUGUCAAAACGGGGCCCCAGGACGGUUCACCGGUUGCCCCACGUGAUUUGAUUUUAUCCAAGACAUUAUCCAGUGUAGAAAUGCAUUGGUUAAAUGGACCUUCAGGGCGCGGACCCAUAUUGGGCUAUUAUAUCGAGGCCAAGAAGCGAGACGACUCCCGUUGGGAGACAAUCACGAAAACCACCACCGGUACCAUACAAGACUUUACAGUCAGUUACCAAAGUCUGUUGCCCUCGACUGCCUAUACUUUCCGGGUGAUUGCCUAUAAUCGUUAUGGCAUAUCAUUCCCAGUCUAUUCAAAGGAUUCAAUAUUGACACCCUCCAAAUUGCAUUUGGAAUACGGUUAUCUACAGCAUAAGCCAUUCUAUCGUCAAACAUGGUUUAUGGUUGCAUUGGCUGCCACCUCCAUUGUGAUUAUAAUUAUGGUUAUUGCAGUAUUGUGUGUUAAGAGUAAAAGCUAUAAAUAUAAACAGGAAGCUCAAAAAACACUGGAAGAAUCAAUGGCCAUGUCUAUUGAUGAGCGCCAAGAACUAGCCUUAGAAUUAUAUCGUUCACGUCAUGGUGUGGGCACUGGUACCCUUAAUAGUGUGGGUACACUGAGUCGCGGCACAUUGGGUACGCUGGGCCGUAAGAACAAUAAUCGACCACCAAAUAAUGUUCAACUGGGUAAAAGUCCGCCCCGGCCAUCUCCUGCAUCGGUGGCUUAUCACAGCGAUGAGGAAAGCCUAAAAUGUUACGAUGAAAAUCCAGAUGAUAGCAGUGUAACAGAAAAACCAUCCGAGGUUAGCUCGUCGGAAGCGUCGCAGCAUUCGGAGAGCGAAAAUGAGAGCGUGCGCUCUGAUCCACAUUCCUUUGUCAAUCAUUAUGCCAAUGUCAAUGAUUCACUGCGACAAUCAUGGAAGAAAACGAAACCCGUACGCAACUAUUCCAGCUAUACGGAUUCCGAACCCGAAGGCAGUGCAGUGAUGAGUCUCAAUGGUGGUCAAAUUAUUGUUAAUAAUAUGGCCAGAUCGAGAGCACCAUUGCCUGGUUUCUCAUCUUUUGUCUGACAAUCUACAGAAUUGUAAGAUUUAGUUUCAAUUAUCAAUUUUCUCCUCCUGCCCCUUAUCAUUAUCAUCAUACCUCCUCAUAACUGAACAAACAAUCACCAAACACAUUUACAUUACUGCUGCUACUUGGCACACCGUAACUACUUACAAAUCAUACAACAAAAAAACAAAAACAAAAUCAUAUUUUUACUUUCGAAACAAAAAGCUAAAGAAAAAUGAUAAAAAAUAACAAAAAAAAUGAAACACAAAAGAUGACGAAAACAAAUGUCUGCCUAUAUUUAUUUUUUAGUAAUUAAAUUGUAUGUAGGAUCAUAAGAAAUUCUAAUGAAAUUUAUUAGAUUGUUAAGCUAAAGAAAAAGAAAAAACAAAACUUUAUUUAUAUUUAGAAAACGACAACUAGGUAUAAUGGUACCAGAUAUGCAUUCAUUUUUAUUUCCUUUUUCCAAUAAUUAUCACAUUUUCCGUUUAUUUUUUCCUUUCAUAUAAUUUAUUAGACGAAUUGUAUGUUUUUUGUUUAUUAUCUAUUACAACACUGGGCUACAGCUAAAAAAUUGUUUGUAAUUGAGAAGUGAUUCGGACUUAAAUAUGAACAUGUAUUUUAUUCGAUUACAAUUUACAACCUGCUUCUGCUGAAAUUGGCGAAGUAGUACCAAGUCUCUUUUUCAAAAAUAUCCUGUUAAUAAUUUUUAUUUGAAAUCUAAUGAAAUCUUUCAUUCAAUAUAAAAUAACCACCAAAAGUUAAAAAAAAAUUAAAUUUCAUUUUUUUACUAUUCUUGUUGGUUAUUUACAUUGAAACCAACGCCACUUCAAAAUUACAAUUUUGUAGUAAUGUGUUAUUUAGAACUUAAGGCCAUUAUUAGUAUUGUUUAAGAUUUGAAAUGAAACAUAAUACGAUUUGUAUAUUUUUUAAAAGCUAUUUCAAAUGAAUCCUUAUUAAGUAUUAUUCUGUUAAUUGAAUAAUUUACUCAAUUAAUUUAAAAGAGCUUCAUUUAAUAGCUUUUAAAUCGAAACUAAAAUCAAACGAAAAUUCCCUCUCUUUCUCUCCCCAUCCCUAUUGUACUUGUGAACUACCCCCCAAAUUAAGUAAUAAGAUAAAAACGAAAACAAAUUGUAAGUAUUUGCAGAUUUAUUUAAGUUGUUAAAAUUACGGAAUCCCUUAAGCUCUUGUAAAAUAUAUUCAGAAACACGUUACCAUAGUUAGGAGUUGAUGUGUGAAGUAAAAGUGUGUCAGUUUGUCUUUAAAAAUCUUGAUAAUGAAUUUAUGGUUUUUUUCAUAUAACAAGUUAUGACUUCAAAUGUAACCCUAUCGCUGCGAUGGUACCAUAUAAAAGAAUUUAAGAUGACUUCAAAUUUAAAUCUCAUUCAAAUAUCUCAGUUAAAAUUGUGUCAGUUUGUCUUGUGUCUAUAACGAAAUGAUAUUUAUUUUUGACAAAAAUCAAACUUAGAAAGCUGAUUAAACCAAUCUUAGUUAAGUUACUUCCGGUCAUAUGUAUUUUUAUGAAGGCUUCGGCAGGCCAACAUUUGUUUGAACCGUUUAAUAAACAAUUCGAAAGCAAAUUUUUCCGCAAGGAAACAUUCAAUAUCAUUCGUAUAUGUUGUUAGAAAUUUGAAUUAGUUGUUGUUCAUGGUUGAAUGGUGUGAAUCUUAAUUUAAAUAAAUAUUAGAUAUUUCGAAACUGGGCAGUGUAAAUUAUAAGCAAGAUUUGAAAUCAGAUUUAAUGCACACUUUAUAAAUGAAUAGUUUUGUAAAAAAAAUUAAUUUUAUUCAUUCAAUUACGCGAAUUUAAAUGGCAAAGGCAUUCAUUUACCUUGAAGUCUUCAAGUUGCAAAAAAAUCUGCAUAAUAACCAAAAUCCUCACGCAAGGUAGCUAAAGCUAAAUGAUUUUACAAUAUUUUAUGAUUUUCGCUCCUGUUUGGUUUUUAAACCCUCCAUUAUACUAUGGAGGGUAUAUUAACUUGUCAUUCCGUUUGUAAAUCCUCGAAAUACUCAUGUUAGACCCAGUAUAUGUAUUCUUGAUCAGCGUAAAAUUCUAAGUCGAAUUAACGAUGUCCGUCUGUUUGUCUGUUGUAAUCACGCUAUCUUUCGAACAAAUUGAGAUAUAAAGCUAAUAAGCACACAUGUUUAUUCUACCAGUAGACAGGUUAAGUUUGUAAAUGGGCCAUGUAGGUCCACGUACCUCCGAAUAUUCGGCAUUUUGAUGGUUUUGGCGACAUUAUUCACCGGAAGUGUUUCAAAUUUGGUAUUUAAAGUUCAAAAUGGAUACUACCGCUUAAGACAGAAAAUUGUCUGUGCAGGUCCACGUCUUUGUAUAGUCCCCAUAUAACGGUACCUCCCUAUAUUCGGUAUUUUGAUGAUUUUAGUGUCAUUAUUCACCGGAGUAGUUUCAAAUAACGUAUUUAGAGUUCGUAAUGGGAACUUCAAUCUGUGACAGAAAAUUGUGUAUGCAGGUCCAUAGGCAGGCCCCAUAUAUCAGUACCUCCCUAUAUUCGGUAUUUUGACGAUUUAAGGUACAAUACUGACCGGAUUUUAUUUUUUGAAAAUUUUUAAAUUCGUGGCAAAUGGUGGAGGGUAUUCCCGGCCGAACUUACUGCAUUUUAACUUGUUAUAAUAUGUCAUUUUAAAGAACGACUUAUUCGAUUUGAUGUAAGUCUCGCUUUGCUUCCCUUUAGAAACAAAUAAUAAAUGUCCUCUUCAGCAUUGAAUUCUAUUCGGAAAACAGACCCUCGCCACGCAAACACAAGAUGUCACAAAAUAUAGUAAAUGCCUUUAGUUUUUAAUUCUGUUCAUAAUAAAAUUUAAAACUUGCGUUUAUUUAAAUCAAAAACACGUAAAUAUGGUAAAGUUUCUGAAAUAUUAAUAUGAAACAAAUAUCUAAUAAUAUUGUUUGAAUAUAUCUUUCAAACUUGUGAUAAUAAGACUUUCAAUAGGAACAAAAACAAAAAUCACAUCAACGAUUAUACAUUUUUUCUAUGUAAUUUGCUAUUUAUUUCAUAAACGAAAUAAACAGUGUAAUUGGUUUUAUUUCUUCCUGUGUUGUAUUUUCAGUUAUUUCAUUUAUUUUUAAUUAAUUUACAAUAACGCAAAUCUCUCAAACAUUGACACAUAUUUAUCUGGUGGGGGAUAAAUGAGUUGAGCGAUUAAUUUGAAAACAAAAUCUCUAAUUUUGGCUGUGUCAAAAAUGUGAAAAAUAAUUUAUUUUACCUCCACCGCUCAAAAUCCAAAAAAACAAACUUCUUCUCUUUUCUGUCUACUCUGUUAGCACAAACCUUAUCUUUCUAAUUUCGUUUGAUUUUUUUUUUUUUGUGUCAUUUCAUUAUAGUUAUUUUUUUUUUUUCAUUUCUUUACCAUUAUAAUUGUAUAUGAAAUCGUUUAUUAGAUUUAAGAUAACUUUAACUGACCAGACAAAUCUCAUAAUUAAAAAUAUUUUUAUCAUUGUCCUCUGUAUCUGUAAUCAAAUAAAAAUAAAUAAAUGUGUAAAUAUUAACUAUCAUUAAAAUAAAUAUAUAUAAUUUAAAUUUAUUAAUUUUUUUACCGAAAAUUUUAUAGACUUGUAAAAUCAAUUUAAUAUCAUUAAAAUACAGUUUUGUAUUUCAUAAAUGUGUAUUUAUAUUAAAUUUAUAUGCAAGUGCUUUUUUUAUUUUUAAAACGAAAUGCCUUUUAGUUAAUUCUUAAUGUAUUUUUUUAAUAUCUAAAACAAAAUAGAUGCAAUCUAUUUUUUUCAAUCUUCUAUAGGCAUAUCCCUUUUUUGCUAUAAAUACAUAUUUUACUUUAAGUUUUACAUUUCUAAUAUUUUCAUAGGCCAUAUUAAGAAAAUGCAAUUAAUUGUAGUUUGACCAAACUAAUAUAACAAUUUUGUUCUUAUCGAUUUACCUUACCAACUAAUUUGAAUAUUUGUUUAUUUCUUUUUUUUUUUUUUUUUUGUCUUUAGAGAUUACAAGAAAAUGAGUCUACAGACUGAUUAUUGUAUUUUAUAUAAAAUGUGUAAAUAAUAUAAAGUGCAACUUUAGAAUAAUUUUAAAAUUGUUUAUUUUCGAAAUUAAUUUGAAAUAUAUUUUUAUUAUUUUUUAUUUUGGGUUUAUCAUACAGAUUGUAUACAUCUUUUUGAUGUAUACGUAGAAUUAAUAAAUUGCUCAAAGUUUUAUAUUCUAAGUUUACUUCUAAUUUAAAUUUUAUUUUAUUUAAUUUGAACAUAUGUUUUUUUUAAUAGAUUUAAAAUCUUUAGCAUCUAACUAAAUCCAUACAUUCAUAUAUUAAAUAUAAGGAAAAAGUAUUAAACUGAAAAUGAAACUGUACUUGAUG